AAAACAAUUAAACAAUUAGAAUAUAGAAUUUAAUUCAAAUAGACAAUAUGCAGAGAUCUAUUAGAUUGAAACGUGAAUUUGAAAAACUUAAUCAAGAUCCUAUAGAAGGUAUUUCAUGUUAUCCAAAAUCUGACAAUUUUGAAAACUUUGUGGCAACAAUUCUUGGACCAAAUGAAAGUCCAUAUAGUGGAUAUAUUUUUCAAUUGUCAAUUGAUAUUUCUGAACAAUAUCCAUUUGAACCUCCAAGAAUUACAUUUCAGACACCUAUUUAUCAUCCAAAUAUUGAUAAUAAAGGUCGUAUUUGUAUGGAUCUUUUAAACAUGCCACCUAAAGGUAAUUGGAAACCAACUAUUGGAUUAAAAAAUCUUUUAGAUGCUAUACAAUGUUUAUUAAGAAAUCCAAAUCCUGAUGAUCCUUUAAUGGCAGAUAUUGCACAAGAAUAUAAAUUUAAUAGACAAGAAUUUGAAAGAAAGGCAAAACAAUUUAUGAAUAAAACAAAAAAUUAACUUUUGUUCAUUCGGUUACAAUAUAUAUUAUGUU